AUGGUAUUACCACACGAACCAGAAUUUCAUCAAGCACACAACGAGUUGUUAUCAGCUUUGGAAGACUCCACCUUAUUCAAGGAAGAACCAAAGUACAAGAAAAUAAUUCCUGUUGUAUCUGUCCCAGAAAGAGCAAUUCAGUUCAGAGUAGCAUGGGAAAACGACAAAGGUGAACUUGAAGUUAAUAAUGGUUACAGAGUUCAAUUUAACAGUGCUUUGGGACCUUACAAGGGUGGCUUGAGAUUUCAUCCUUCUGUGAAUUUGUCCAUCUUGAAAUUUUUAGGAUUUGAACAAAUUUUCAAGAAUGCCUUAACAGGGUUAUCAAUGGGUGGUGGUAAAGGUGGAAGCGACUUCAACCCAAAGGGUAGAUCUGAUGCAGAAAUUAGAAGAUUUUGUGUCGCUUUCAUGAGACAAUUAGCUAGAUACAUAGGCCAGGAUACUGAUGUCCCUGCCGGUGAUAUUGGUGUUGGUGGUAGAGAAGUUGGGUUCAUGUUCGGUGCUUACAAGCAAAUGCAAAAUAACUGGUCUGGUAUUUUGACUGGAAAGGGAUUGACUUGGGGUGGAUCAUUAAUUCGUCCUGAAGCCACUGGUUAUGGAGUUGUCUAUUAUGUCGAGAAGAUGAUUGAAAAAGCUACCAAUGGUAAGGAAACAUUCAAGGGUAAGAGAGUUGCUAUUUCAGGUUCUGGUAAUGUUGCUCAAUACGCUGCAUUAAAGGUUAUUGAAUUGGGCGGAAUUGUGGUUUCCUUGUCUGAUUCCACCGGUGCCAUCAUUUCCAAGAACGGUAUCACCGAGGAACAAAUUCAAGCUAUUGCCAAGGCUAAGUUGAACUUCAAGACUUUGGAACACAUCGUCAAGGAUUCCGCAAAGGCAUUCUCCGGUGAGAAUAGUGUUGAAUACUUAGCUGGUGUCCGCCCAUGGGCCAAGGUUGGUCAAGUUGAUGUUGCAUUACCAUCAGCAACCCAGAAUGAGGUUUCUGGUGAAGAAGCUAAAGCUUUAGUGGAAGCAGGAUGCAAAUACAUUGCUGAAGGUUCUAAUAUGGGUUCCACCAAAGAAGCCAUCGAAGUUUUCGAGGCUAGCAGACCAAAUGGUAUUUGGUAUGCACCCGGUAAAGCUGCUAACUGUGGUGGUGUUGCCGUCUCUGGUUUAGAAAUGGCCCAAAACUCCCAGAGAGUUACAUGGACUGCUGAAGAAGUUGAUUCUAAAUUGAAAAAUAUUAUGUACACAUGUUUCGAUAACUGUUACGAAACUGCACAAAAAUAUGCUGCUGAGAAGAAUGCUAGUGGUUUACCAUCCUUGUUAAAGGGUGCUAACAUCGCUGGUUUCAUAAAGGUUGCUGAUGCUAUGUUUGACCAAGGUGAUGUCUUCUAA